AUGUUGGAGGCCUUGGACGCUAAUGGGGAGGGUGGGGAGAACCGGCUCAACAAGACGGAGCUCUUCACCAUUUACUAUCCCAAUCUACUAGUCCUGCCGGACCGCAAGGACCAGGACCUCAUCUUCGGGGAUUGGGCAAAGGGUCGACAACUUCGGGACUGGAUGCGGCGCAUUCCGCUGUUGAAGGAUCUUCCGGUCGCGUUGGCGGCUUACUUCAUGGACGAUGAGGACAUGCCGACUGCACGGAGGAGGGGGUUAAACAUGAUGGAAUAUCUGUCCGGCAAAAUAAGCGAGCGGGUAAGCCACAACAGCUAA